UAUUAUGGUAGUUCCGCGCGCAACUUCAUUGUCUCUCCCUUCUCAGUAUACUACUCCCCAUUUUGCAUUAUUUUUUAUACACGGAUCGGAUCCUCUCUCUUCUUGAUCUUUCUUUACCAUUGAGUUAAACUGAACUUCCACUGCAACAUUCGCGAUUAUCUUUUCUAGCAGUUGCACAAGUUAAGAAACGAAAAAAAAUAAAGGAAAGUGUGUGUUUUUCAGCCACCGCUAUAAGAAUUUUGGGGUUGAAGCAGAAACAUAAUUUUUUCUGAGGAGUCAUUGCGUGUACAACUGCCAAAAUUGAGCCUCCGGCGUUGAAUUAUGGCGGGCAGUGAUGAAGUAAAUAGAGUUGUUCCCCUGCAUACAUGGAUCCUUAUAUCCACCUUCAAGCUUUCAUACAACAUGCUCCGGCGGCCUGAUGGCACGUUCAACCGCGAUUUGAACGAAUAUCUUGACCGGAAUGUAACUGCAAAUGCUGUCCCCGUGGAUGGGACGUACUCAUUCGACACUGUGGAUCGUCGUACUGGCCUGGUCAACCGCAUCUAUCUCCCUGCCCAUGACAACGAGCCUCAAUUGGGGAUUGUCGAAGUGGAGAAGCCCUUGAGCACCUCUGAAGUUGUACCUGUAAUCGUAUUCUUCCAUGGUGGGAGCUUCGUCCAUUCCUCGGCCAGCAGUGCUAUCUAUGACACAUUCUGCCGCCGCCUUGUGAAAACCUGCAAAGCUGCAGUGGUAUCUGUGAACUACCGGAGAUCACCUGAGCACCGGUAUCCAUGUGCUUAUGAUGAUGGAUUGACAGCUCUUAAGUGGGUUAACUCAAGAGCAUGGCUUCAAAGUGGGAAGGAGAAGGAUCUCAAAGUUCAUAUAUAUCUAGCUGGAGAUAGUUCUGGUGGCAAUAUCGCUCAUCAUGUCGCACUGGGAGCUGCGGGCGAGGGCGUGGAGGUAUUAGGAAACAUUCUUCUCCAUCCCUUGUUCGGAGGGGAGGAGAGGACCGAGUCUGAGAAACGGUUGGAUGGGAAAUAUUUUGUGAGGAUUCAAGAAAGAGAUUGGUAUUGGAGAGCCUACCUACCAGAAGGCGAAGAUAGGGACCAUCCGGCCUGCAAUGUGUUCGGCCCUAGGAGUCAAACCCUUGAAGGGCUUAGUUUUCCAAAGAGUCUGGUUGUUGUGGCUGGAUUGGAUCUUCUUCAAGAUUGGCAAAUAGGUUAUGUUGAAGGGCUCAAGAAAUAUGGUCAUGAUGUCAAGCUCCUCUAUCUCGAAAAGGCCACAAUUGGGUUCUACUUCUUGCCAAACAACGAGCAUUUUGAAUCGUUAAUGGACGAGAUCAAGAGCUUCAUCCAAUCCUAACUGUUUAUACGUAACUUUCCCCAUCACAGGCAGCAUAGCCAUACAUGGCAGAAGCUCGACUCUUACUCAGGGUUUCUUGUCUUAUGCCGGCUUAGUUUUAUGGUGUAUAGUAGUGUGAUUUGUGUAGAAACUACUCCUUUUCCAGUUGCUGAUAACUUGUGAUUUGUAGUGGCGAUGAUCUGCGCCUCGUUGGUGCUGGUCUAUGUCGCUUAUUGAUCUAGUUUCCUUGGUCGAAGAGGGCAUUCCGCAUAGGAAGCUCACUUAUUCACGGCCUUGGCAGAACGGCUGGUUGUAAUGACAGACCGGUGGAUGGAGGAGGCGCUAAGCUCGUCCGCCGGCCACCUCAGUUAUUUACUACGGCCAGGUUAAAAGCUAAUUCAGUACAUGGAUUGGGGGUAAUCCAUGCUACUGUCAUCUGUAUUUUCCACUUGUAUACUAAAAAUAUAUAGAAAUUUUGUGUUUAUA